AUGAUUUUCUUCAAACCUCCUUGGGUCAAUCAUGAAGAUAAUAAACCAAUAUUCUCUGUUGACAUCCAUCCAAAUGGAGGAAGAUUUGCCACUGGUGGCCAAGGUGGCUCAGGAGGCCGCAUUGUUAUUUGGAACUUUGGUCCUGUCAUUGAUGAGAAUGAAGAGAUGAACAUCAAGAUUCCCAAGAUGUUGUGUCAGAUGGAUAAUCACCUUGCAUGUGUCAACAUAGUCAGGUGGAGCAAUGCAGGUCAUCUUUUAGCCUCUGGAGGAGACGACAAACUAGUGAUGAUCUGGAGGCUUACCAACGAAGGAAGUUCAUCGAUAUUUGGCAGUGGAAAAAUCAAUGUUGAGACUUGGAAGUGCAUUCACACCCUGAAUUCUCACAAUGGGGAUGUUUUAGAUAUUGCUUGGGCUCCUCAUGACGGAUGGCUGGCGUCAGGGAGUGUAGAUAAUACAGUUAUUAUAUGGAAUGCACAAAAGUUUCCUGAAAAGGUUUCUUUGCUGAAAAAUCAUACGGGAAUGGUGAAGGGUAUCACUUGGGAUCCUGUGGGAAAAUACAUAGCCAGUCAAUCAGAUGACAAAUCUCUUCGCAUCUGGAGGACAUCUGACUGGGCUCAGCAGGAAGUGGUCACCGAUCCAUUCACAGAAUGUUCUGCAACGACUCAUGUGUUGAGACUAAGCUGGUCACCUGAUGGACAGUAUUUGGUAUCAGCCCAUGCUAUGAAUGGUGGUGGACCAACAGCACAGAUAAUUGAAAGAGAGGGAUGGAGACAAGAUAAGGAUUUCGUAGGGCACAGGAAAGCUGUUACUUGUGUGAGAUUCAAUUCCAACAUAUUGAAGAAAGAAACCCCAGACAAGCCGAAAUCCACACAAUACUGCUGUUGUGCAAUUGGUUCUAGGGAUCGCUCCAUAAGUGUAUGGCUAACUUCACUCAAACGACCAUUAGUUGUCAUAAAAGAUCUUUUUGAUGACAGCGUUUUAGAUAUUUCUUGGAGCAGUAAUGGGUUGUACCUUUUGGCAUGUUCUUGGGACGGAACCGUUGCAUGUGUUACAUUUACUCAGCAAGAGAUUGGAACACCAUUAUCGAUGGAUGAAAAGAAUACUCUCUAUGAACGUGUAUACCACAAAUCCUUCCAGAAGAAUUGGAAUCUCAGCUUUCAAGGAACACAAAUCGUUGAAAACCCUGAACUACUCUCCGCAAUUGAUGAAAUUAAUGAGGAAAAUGUUAAACCUCCUCUGAAUAUUGAAAUCCAGGACCCUCAUCUAGUGAAUAAAGAUGUCUCAUUUGAAUCUCCAAAUUUGAACCAGAGUAUUCUGGUUCCAGCAAAUAAGCAAGUUGAGACGAGGUUGCCAUCUGGGAAAAGAAGGAUUACUCCAAUGAUGUUGACUUCUGUGCCAAAUACAAGUAAUGAUAUAGCAAAUGAGAGCGUACAGUUGAAUAGUGUCUCUGUUGGCCAGACGUCUUUCAGUAGGUCGUCCCCUACGAAGAGUCAGAUAGUAGUUGAAACCAUAAAAGUUCCUCAGGAAAUGAACGAUACCAGAAAAGUGGAUCAAUGUAAAUCGAUCAAUAAAUCAAGUGUUCAGACACCGGGGAUAAAGAUAAACCAACUAAUGUGCUGUGAAGUCCCAGGUGAUGAGCCAAUAAUCAAAUUCAUCAAUAUAUUAGACCCAUUGAAACUUCCUCCUGGUGUUACUGUGACUAAAGAAUAUGGCACGAUAAAAAUACAGGUUACCAAUAACUGCCAUAAAAUACCCAAAGGUUCCUUAUCCAAAAUAGAAGUCUUUAGGAGUAUAAAUGAUAAGGGUCCUAAGUGGGAUACUUAUUUAGGAGCACCUAUACGAUGUGUGGCAUCCAACAGAUCAAUGAUAGUAGCAUCCUGUGAAGACUCAACAAUCCAUUGUUAUGAUCUCAAAUCUGGUGCUAGACCCAUUCCAACUAUACUCAUUGAAGACUUAGUUUCAUCUCUCAGCUUAUCACAAACCGGGUAUUGCCUGGUUUUGACAAAAACUGGGCUAUUGCAUAUGUGGGACUUUAAAAAACCCAAAAAUAUACUUUCGAGGAUAUCUGUCAGGAGUUUAUUGUCAGGAAAAGGUACUGUGAAUAGUUGUAGUAUGGGUCCUUCCAAUCAACCUAUGGUAACAUUAACAGAUGGACGAGCCUACACUUUUAGUAUGGAUUUACAAUCAUGGGUCCAAUUAUCAAAUCCUUUGGAUCCCGUUUGUGGAACAGGAGGUAGUCUAACAAGGAAGGUAGCUUCAAACCUUCCGCUUGCCUCGUUACAGAGGUGCCUGCCUUCUCAACGCAACCUAGAUACAUUGCCCCCGGGUGUGAUGCUCAGUUUCCUGGAAUCUCAAAUCACAGCCACUAACAUACUCGAAUCUUUCACAGAAUACAAGCAUUGGUUGAUGAUCACCGUAAAUCAUUUACUUGAUAAAGGACCUGAAUGCCGGUUGAGGUUGAUAUUGGAUGAUUUGAUGGGGCCUAAUCACUCCAGUGUCAAAAAACAAAGAAUUGAUAACAAUGUAAUGGAUGCUUCAAAAAAGAAUUUGUUGACUGAAGUGCUUGGGCUCGUCAAAACGAAAUUACCAUGGCAAAGACUGUAUCAUGAAUAUAAGGAACAAUUAAUGGAGGUGUCAGAAUAG